AUGGAAUCAGAAAGAUCUGAUAGCAUAGCUCCGCAGACCUCAUUGACCAAUGAAGAAGAUUUUUUUGAGUCUGAUUAUAGAAGUAUCACUAAUCACGAGAAUCAAAUCAUCACACCAACCAAUUCUCAAGCUGAAUCUGUCACCUGUUCUUGGUGUAAAGAACCUGAUCCAUUAUUCAAAACUAAUGAAAAUAACUUAGAACCAGUCGCGAGAUUGUCCUGUCUUCAUAGCUUCCAUCUUAGAGAAGAUGACAAUGUUAAAAAAUUUUUUAAAGAGUUAUCCAAUAGACCACAAGACUUCAAUCCAUUACUAGAGGUGUCAGAUGUGAAAACGGGAGAUCCUACAACUCCUGAAAUGAUAUUUGUCAGAUUACAUAAUAAAAUACUUCAUGCUGAGAAGAUUCUUAAUAAAAAAACACGUGAAGUAUCUCACGUGGAAUACGAAAUUCUUGACUUUCAUUAUCCUCUUAAGAAAGCAUUGGAGAAGAAAUUGGCUGAAUUUACCUCUAUUCAUCCUUUUCAAACUGCACGAAUAUUGCUUAAUGCAGAAAUUAG